CACGUUCAUAUUGUGCUAGGCGGCGAAGUCCGACCCGUGGGAGGGAAUCCAUCGCGUAGUCGCGCCGACAGCUGCGCAGUCUCUGUCCGUCCAUGGAACAUCGAAGCACGAUGCGCAUGUAUGCUCAAGAGGAGUCCCCCAUCCGUCAUAACUUGGUCGAUGCCGCCAACAGGGUCCACCAAAAACGUAUGUCAAGAUCGGUGCUUCCACUUCACGUUGCACCUGGAGGGGUGGAGAUGAAGGUGGAAGACUUUGUGCCCAAGUCGUACGGGAAAUAUAGCUCCUCAUCACUUGAAGGGCCUUGUGCAAACUCCCCAGUUACCACGACGACCGAAAGGCCGUCGACGGGGAAUCCACGUGCCGCCGAAGGAGCUACCGAAGCAAAAACUUCAGAGCUUACCGUUGACACAAAACCAGAAGACAGUACAUCAAUGCCAAGCAAGGCAGGCUCCCCAACUUCAAUCCCGAGCGACUUGUUGGGAAGGAGACUCCGCAAGUUCUUUGACGGAUUUGGCUGGUUCGAUGGCAAGGUCACAAGUCGUUGGGAAUCUCUCGAAUAUGGUGAACAAUUUCACGUGUUGUACGACGAUGGCGACUCAGAAGAUCUGACGCAGGACGUCCUGCUGCCGCUCCUGCAUCCUGCCUCCCCAGUCAAUCCUGAUACACAGAACGAGCCGUCAGAAUCGCAACCAUCGCCGCCUCAACACCUCUCAGUGACCCCCAGUAAAUGCAACGAAGUCAACCCUUCCACCAAACCUGUAUCACUCUCGGCUUCCACACUCACCGACACGAACCCCCCCCGACAGCCCGUCCGGCGACGAAAGAUUGCUUCCCCGGUCAUGUCGACUUCGCCAGAACCUCCUCAUAAGUAUGCUCGUAUCGAGUCUCUUCCCAAAAUGCCGCCGCUCCCAAGAGUUUAUGCACGUCAUGCUUCUUCGUUGGCUCCUCGCGUGCCAUGUCCACAUCGCCCAGUAGAUGUCCUCGACUUGACCGAAUCAUACGACGAUGUGUCCCGUCCAUCCUUUCAGCUGCCACAUCAUGUCCAACGCCGCUAUCAUGUUCCUUCUGCACCCUCAACUCCGUCCCUGCCGCACCAAGUAGUGCGGCAAUGUGCCCCGGACGUUCGAUGGCAGCAUGCUGAACCAGAAUCGUCGUGGCCCAAGGUGGCUCCUAUCCUGUUUCGCGAUCGGCCGUCGUCCUCCCACACUUCGGCUGUCGCAACUCCAGUCACCCCUCAGCAUCAUCAACAGCACCAUACACAGCUGCGGCAUACUCAAUCCAUGUCGCACGUGUCUGAGCCGCGGCGUGCUAGUAUCGAUUCCGCUUUAUGGGACUCUGCGCGUCUCCACAACACGAACUGGAAUCGUUCAUUGCCUUCCAUGGCAGGUGCCGUGCCUGGUAGUACCCCCCUUCGCCGCGAACGGCUGCCACAACAGUUCACCCCCCAGUCGCGUCCGCAGCUUCCACCUCGGCAAUGUGAUAGAGACAGACCUCCACCGGACUGCGGCCGUCGAAAAGUCCCGAAUGAUGACGUAUGGUUAUGCUGCAAUCCGCCUCCACGACAUGUCAAUGGCCACCGGCUCGUUCCCUACCAUCAAGGCAUCCGACAGCCCCUUCCAAUUCAGGAUGCGAUGCCUGUCCCUCGACAGGACUCGAGACAUCACGACCGACAGCGCCACUUCGAGCACCAGAUGCGGCCCUCCGAUCGCCGCCCACAACUUUUACCUGAUGACCUCGCCCGAUUGCCCUCUAUGAUGCCGGAGAGACCUGAUGGUCCUCAGCCUCUCGCCGCCUUCAAUGAUAUGCUCCUCGAAGCAAUUCAUCGCGCGUCCGGCAUUGAGCCAUUUGGACGAACAUUUGUCAACAUGCUUGUGAAUGAUCCAAAUUCUGACCAGCUCAUGGACGUUACCCGCCUCCGUGUCAAGUGCGCACAGCGGCGAUACCGCAUGCUCCAGCUCUUCAUGGAGGACGCCAUGCAUAUUUCGGCGACAGUUCUCCAAUUGUUUCCUACAGACUGGGCACUGCAGCACGAAGCAGAGCGUUUUGUGACGGCAUUAGCCGGCGUGAUCCGUGAAAUGAAGCCGCCAUUGCGCGCACUCGAAAUACAGUUGCGAUAGAACCAAGUCGGUCGUGUCAAUGGAGGAGGUGGUGGUUGGAUGCCGUGUCUGUAUAUGUUACUUAUGCCCCACGCAAUGUGGUGUCUGUGU